UCUUUACUGACACUUUCUUUGUUAUCGGAGUUUUCAAUCAUCGGAUAGUGGAUGUGUGUUCAAAUAGUAUUACUUUGUGACUGUCAAUUACUGAAGAAUUUGUACAUUAUGGAAUUGUUGAUUAAUUCUACCAAAUUCAAAUUCCUCUACAAGAAAUUGAUUUUCGAAAAGAGGAUUAGACAGAGUUGAACGUAUCGAUCGUUGUUGCCCUUUCUCACAAGAUUUCGUAAUAGAGCAAUCAAACUAGAUAGAUCGUAUCAAUAUUGGUUUAAAUCUGAAGAGGCUAAAUCUAAAGAUAACAAACAACUUCAAACUUGGGUAUCAGUUUCAAGAUUUUUUCAAAUAUUCCAAUUUGAUUUGAAAAUUUCAAAUUUAAUCGUUCGAUUGUUUUCGAGGCGGUAUAAGUGCUUUAACUUGGUGUUGAAAAAUCGGAAAUUAGUGCGAAAAUGGCUACUUACGAGAACAUUUUUACGCCGGAUGUAUUGUUAUAUGAGGAGAAUGUCGAGUAUACUUCGGCAAAAAAACGGAAAAGGAUAGAGAGUUUUGCUCUUUGCCACGAACUAUGGAAACUGAGAAUGGAUAUUAUAAAGAGGCGAGGCGAGGCAAAAGACUGGACGGAACGACCCGUCGAAAGCUCACCAUUGGAGACCGCCCCAUCUAGCGGAAACGGUCGCAACAUGGUGACAGUACUGGAAGCGCCACCCAAAAAGAGCGAGAGUCCCGACCGACCCAAUUCUGAUGAUGACAGAAAAAGUCCCACCAAAGUGGAAUCGGAAGAGAAACAGCCGCGGAUCCGGUUGAAGGCAGGGCUGGCUACCGAUCCGGCGCUUACUAUGCUGGGUACCAUUAAAAACGAGAUUGAGCCACCAACUCCAACCCCAGAAUACCUUUCGUCUCUCGCACCAGCCAUUCAGUCAGCUCUAGCCAGCAGAGCAUUACUAUUUCCAACCAGCCUAAAUCUAAACGAAGCUGUAGCUGCAGUUGCAGCUGCACAAAGAGUCGCGACAAGUGAAACAGUGAGAGUCGCUGAAGCUGCCACUGCAUCAGAGACGAGUAGACCAUCUGUUCCUGUUUAUCAGUGUGCUCCUUGUGGGAUACGGUUUUCUUCGUUAAGUACAUUGGAAGCGCAUCAGACUUAUUACUGUUCACAUAGGCCAAACAAGCCAUCCGAUGACGAUCCCAAAGCACCAGGCUCCAACUCCGAUCCCAGCAGUCAGUCCGACGCUGACGGCGAUUCCGUUAACAAAAACUUGAGAACGACAAAGCAGUACACCUGUCCGCAUUGCUCCUACAGCGCAGACAAGAAAGUGAGCCUGAACCGACAUAUGCGCAUGCAUACGUCCUCUCCGGGUCCGGUUAAUAGCGCAGUACCAUCUGCGAGUACUUCGUCUGGUGUUUCCAACGGAGAAGCGAGCGGAAGUGAGGCUCAAGACCGGUACUGUGCCGAGUGUGACAUUCGCUUUAGUUCGCAGAAGACUUACCGAGCUCAUAAGAUGCAUUACUGUAACUCACGACAUGUGGUAAAACAAACAGCGCCUGCUUCCAGUUGUACAUCAGGAUCGUCCCCCACAAGUCCAUCCGAUCCAGCUACCUGCCGAACUCCCCCAUCUCCAACACCAUCCUUACAGCCCCAACAACCAUUCCUAGCACUUCCCACAAACCCAAUCAUCAUAGUUCCCUAUUCUUUAUUCCGAUCUGCUAGCGUUCUGCCAUCCUUAUCAACUGCAACCGGCAUACCAAGUCCGGACACUCCAUGUUUCCUUCUCCCAAACGGAACUUUGCAGCCCAUGACAAGUGCUUUAUCCGGAAUAAAUAUAGGAAGCCUUCCGCAAAUGCCACAACCGGCACAAGCGGGUGCAGAACAAGUCCUGAAGACAGCAAAUAAGGGAAAUAAAGUUUCCAGUCCUGCAAAAGAAAAUUCUUCGACACCGUUGGAUCUUACAGUGCGAAAAUCGACGGAGCUUAAAGAGAGAAAUAGAAACGGUACUCCGGAGUCUAUGGAUAUAGAUGCUGAUCACGAGAAGGAGAACAUGAAACAGCGAUCGUUUACUCCGGAGAAGAUCGAAUGUGAACCGCUGAUUCACGGGUCGCCUUGUUCGACUCCAGGAAUACUCGCUGAUAAAAGUUCUCCGGGUCUAAGCAUCAGCCCUAAAAGGAAACUGGAUGACUUAUCUCGAAGCAACAGUCCAAGAUCCUCAAAAACUCCAAAACUCAGCAACGAUUUGAACUCGGUCAGUCCCGAAGCAGGAUUACCAAUUGGUCAACAAUUUGACAUUCCAUCAGCACUUCAUCCACUAUUGAUGAGAGCAGGAACUCUGCCCUUAUUUACACCAGAGUUACAGAGGCGCUUAUCAGACUUACCACCUUUACCACCUGUCAUGCCACAAGUUAUCGUCAAGCAGGGUGUUUCUAAGUGCAAGGAGUGUAACAUUGUAUUCUGUAAGCUCGAGAAUUACGUCGUACAUAAGAAACAUUACUGUUCGGCUCGUACUUUAGAAGAUGACAGUUCAAAGACAAGCGGAAGUCCACCAGUUAGUCCCAGGAGUGGUGGAACAACUAGUCCAGCAGCUCAAUAUCAACAGUUAAUCUGUUUAGCAUGCGGUAUCAAAUUUACUUCACCAGAUAAUCUGAAUGCCCAUCAGCAGUAUUACUGUCUGAAAAGAAGUGAUUUGGAGCCUAAGAAGUGUCUAAAAUGUCGAGCAGUUGUAGAGCCUGGACAUCAGUGUGUCUCCCAUACAGCCCUAGCAGGUUGGAAAUGCCCAUGCUGCGACGUCAUUAGUCCUACAGGCAGUGCAGCACAAAGACAUAUGGAAACUCACACAGGCGUUAAAGCAUAUCGAUGCACAAUUUGUAAAUACAAAGGAAACACUCUGAGAGGGAUGAAAACACAUAUUAGGGUACAUUUUGAUAAGAGGUCUCCUGAUCUACAGGAGGAAAAGUAUAUUACCUACAUUUUGGAAGAUGAAACUCUGGGGCCUGGUAUAAGUGAGGUUGCGAUAGCUCCUCACCUCCCUACAGAUGAUCGUACUUCGCCAAGCUCAGAAAAUCGACCUGAGCCACAGCAUUCUUGCCCGCAAUGCCCUUACAGCUCUCCUUACAAAGCUAACGUGGUCAGGCACAUAAAACUGGUGCACGACGUUAACAACAUUGAAGAGCAUUUAAGUAACGGAGAUGAAAAAGGUGCGACAAAAAACAUACCACAACUAGAAGAGGAAGAAGAAAUAAUUGUUAAAAAGGAAGCUAUAGAACCUGAGGUGAUUAUAGCCCCAAUCGAGGGCGCUACAAUCAAAGAAGAGCCCGAACUAUCCUCGACACCCAAGUCCAAAACGUCCGACGAGGAGAUCAUGCAAGAGGCCGCCAAAACUGGUCCCAACUAUUGCAAAUCCUGCGACAUUUAUUUCAACUACCUAUCCACCUUUAUAGCCCAUAAAAAGUUCUAUUGUUCCAGCCACGCCGGGGAAAUUACUAGCGCAAACAAUAACAACAAUACGGCUACCCGACCUACAGAAACUUCAGUGUUAUAAUGCAAGGGAAAAAGACUGCGAUUUAACGAUUCUUGUAAAUAAAUAUUAGGUAGAUAUACAGCGUGAACACCUGUUCCGAAAUUGCUUCUUAUUAGUUCUUCUGUUUGAGAUUUUAACCUGUUUCAGUUUCAGGCUAUCAGAGGUUAUGAAAACUGUUGUUUCUAAACUAUAAUAUAGUAGGAAUUGUUACUACUUUUUAAAUAUAGCAGCCUAAAAUAAUAGUUUCCCGACUUCACAUAACAUUAUUUACGUUAUAUUUAUUGUUUUUAUAUUUGCUAUUUACAUUAUCAAGUAAAUAACAGUUGUUAUGCCUUUAAAUAAUGGAGUAAACCAUUUGGUAGUAACACCUCUUGUGAACUGAUAUUUCCAAAUAACACUUCAAAAAUAACAAUUCUUUAAAUAACAACCUGUCUACAGCCAUCGAUAUCAGAGCAUCGUUAUUUUCAUGUGUUACUUUUUCAAUACAACAACUGUUGUGAGCCUGGUGUACAGGGUGGGUCAAAUUCGACGCUUUUAAAUGGAAACACCCUUUUCUAUAGGAGAUAGACAAAAACUAA